AUGAGUCUCACAACAUCUUGCUUUUCAGAAUACAAGGAUAUUGUCCAAGAAGGUGACCUAGUUCUAAUAUGGAUUUCCAGGGACCAAAUAAAACCUGUCAAGAUGGAUUCAGAGGCCUCAUUCAACACUCGUUAUGGUACAUUCCCUCAUAAGGACAUGAUCGGGAAGAAAUAUGGGUCCCAAAUUGCCAUACGUACUAAGGGAACCAAUAGAUUUGCCUUUGUUCAUGUAUUGCAACCAACACCUGAACUUUGGACUUUAUCUCUACCUCAUAGAACACAAAUCGUCUACACUCCAGAUUCGUCGUACAUCAUGCAAAGAUUGAAUUGUGGUCCCAAUUCUAGAGUUAUUGAGGCUGGGACUGGUUCUGGUUCAUUCUCUCAUGCGUUUGCCAGAUCCGUGAAGAAGCUAUUUACGUUUGAAUUUCAUCAAGUGAGAUUUGAACAAGCUAUGCAGGAAUUUAAAGAGCAUGGUCUACUGGAUGAAAAUGUAACCAUAACUCAUAGAGAUGUAUGUGCUGAUGGGUUUACCAUUAAAAGUGGUGAUACAACGUCUUUUGAUUUGACAAAUGUCCAAAACGUAGAUUUGAAUGCUAAUGCCGUAUUUUUGGAUUUACCUGCACCUUGGGAAGCAAUUCAUCAUUUGGAUAGUGUUAUUGCCAAGGGAGAGAAGGUUGGGGUAUGUUGCUUUUCUCCCUGUAUAGAACAAGUGGAUAAGACAUUGGAAAGUUUAGAAAAGAAUGGAUGGACGAAUAUAGAGAUGGUGGAAAUUCAAGGAAGACGAUAUGAAAGUAGAAGACAAAUGGUGAGAACCUUGGAUGAUGCUUUAGAGAGGUUGAAAGAUAUUAAGAGAAGGAAAUUGGCAGGUAUGGAAAGACGCAAGAGACAAUUGGAAGGUUUGAAAACUGAAGAAGAGAAACAAGAUCAAAAUAAUGGCCAACCGGUGACUGAAAAGACUCAAUUUAAUCCAUUUGGUAAGGGUGAAAGAGUCAAAGAAGGUGAUCCAAAUUAUCAAUGGAAAGAAGUAACGAAGAUUGAAAGUGAAAUUAAAUCGCAUACAUCUUAUUUGACCUUUGCAUUCAAGAUUACCGACAAGACAAGAGUAGAAGAAUCCAAAUAG